AUGAAUAUUGUUAGUAAUAUUGAAAACUUUUUUCAUCGAAUCACUGAUAAUUUUCAACAUCAUAAAAAGAUAAUGUCGGAAGUUAAUGGUAAAGAUGCAGUUGAUGGUUCUGAUAUUCGUGUUCUUGAUUCAAAAGAAAUGACUUUGGCGAGCAAUUUUCGUUCUAUAACUGACCCAUUUCGUCAUCAAGCUUAUCGUUUUGCAUAA